UGUCUGAGGACGGCAGUCGGGGCGACUUGGCAAUGAGGGUGAUCGCGAAAGUCCACAGGCCGGGGGUCACGCCGGAGGAGAUGGUGGUCGGCUACAACGAGUGGUCCGAGAACUACGAGGAGAUGAUGAUCUGGAAAGGCGGGUACCGUGGCCCCGCCAUCACGCUGGAGGAGGCGCUGCGUUGGGUACCCCCGGAGCGGCGAGCUAAGGCCAGGGUGCUGGACGUGGCCGCUGGGACGGGCUGCGUGGGCCGCGAACUCCACCGGGAAGGCUUCAGCCGCUCCCACAGGCACAUAGACGCUGUGGACCCGUCGGAGGGCAUGAUGAAGCAGCGGGAGACUGGCAUCUAUACCAACGACUUCCUGGAGUUUAUCGGCAGCGGACACUCCACCGUGCCCAAAGACACAUACGACCUGGUGGUCACCUCGGGCGGUAUGGGCGAAGGUCACAUCUCAAACAGUGGCCUCGACGACGUUGUGCGCGUCGCAAAGAACGGAGGCUUCGUGAUCAUCGUGAUGCGCCAUGAGUUCCUACAGACCGUGCCUUCCUACAAGGACAAGCUGGAGCCUUACAUGGACCAGCUGGAGGCGGACGGGAAGUGGAAGAAGGUGGAGCGGCGCAUCGUCCCAAACUAUUUCUGUGACAAGGAGGGUCUCGUCUUCGUCUUCCGCAUCACUAAGCCUGAGUGAGGAGGAAGAGGAGGGAAGGGAAAGGAGAGAGAUGAAGAGGAGGAGUUAUAGUGGUGCUGUGCCAAGGCUGUCUCUGUGUAACAGCCUUGGCUUUCGUCGCGGCACCCGAGACUGAGGUGUGAAUUAUCGUGCUCUGGCAACCUGGCGUCAUGGCGUCUACGAUGUUAUAUGAUAGUCUACGCAUAGGGCACAUUUGUCAGUAUUAAUCAUAUUAUUGAAAUUGUCGUAAAAAUGUUUUUUAGUUAAGACUGAGGCUGCAGAAUCCUUAACCUCAGACCUUGCUAUCAUCUCCGAUUGGGAUAAAAGGAACCUUUGGGUUUUUGUGUCCUUCAAUGCCUCAAAAACCCAAUUUAUCCACCUUUCAACUCGACACAAUCUUCCAAACACCUAUCCCCUAUUCUUCAACUACACUCAGCUGUCACCUUAUAAUUCUUCAGAACUAAAUAUCCUCGGUCUGUCCUUAACUCAAAAUCUUAACUGGAAACUUCUCAUCUCUUCUCUCACUAAAUCAGCUUCCUCGAGGCUGGGCGUUCUGUAUCGUCUCCUCCAG